AUGGACGGCAUUAUGGAGAAAAAGACACCCUCGGUUGAUGACGCCCCUAUCACCACUGCCGAGGGCACCAUGGCCCCUCACGGCACGACUAAGCGCGGCCUGUCUUCUCGUCAUUUACAGCUCAUGGCAAUUGGAGGGGCAAUUGGAACGGGUCUCUUCGUUGGUAUUGGAGAAUACCUGCGCGACUGUGGGCCACUUUCUGUCGUUCUGGGGUACCUGUUCUAUGGACUACUGUUCAUCUGGCCGUGCUAUCUAUGCGUGGGGGAGAUGUGCACAUAUCUGCCCAUUCGAGGCUCAAUAUUCGAACUGGCCGGUCGAUACGUUGAUCCUGCUUUUGCAUUUGCCAUGGGCUGGGUGUACUUUUACGCCUGCGUGAUGUUAGUCUGCGUCGAAUACUCGGCCGUCGCAACGGUCAUACAAUACUGGAACACCGACGUCAACCCAGCCGUCUGGAUCGCCAUGGCCAUGGUCGUCUGCAUCAUCCUCAAUGUCGUCGCAGUCGAAUGGUACGGUGAAAGCGAGUUCAUCAUGUCCUCCACCAAAGUCCUCCUCCUGAUCGGCCUCGUUUUCCUCACCUUCAUCACCAUGGUCGGCGGCAACCCCAAGCACGACGUCUACGGCUUCCGUAACUGGACGGACGGCGUGAUGUUCGAGUACUAUACUACCGGCAACACGGGUCGCUUCCUUGGCCUGUUCAAAGUGAUGGUCUAUGCCGCGUUCUCCCUACCUGGCCCUGAUAUGCCCGCCCUUGCCGCCGGAGAAAUCCAGAACCCUCGCUACACCAUCCCGCGCGUAGUCAAGAUGACGUUCUGGCGUAUCGUCGGCUUCUACAUCAUUGGAACCAUCGCCGUCAGCACCAUCUGCAACCCCAAAGACCCCCGUCUCAUCGGCGCCCUUACUGACGGCUCCGCGGGAUCCGCUGCCUCGCCAUGGGUCAUCGGAAUCGAGAACCUGAACAUCCGCGGCCUACCAGACCUCAUCAACGCCCUGAUCAUGCUCUCCGGCUGGUCCUGCGGCAACGCCUACGUCUACGUCUCCAGCCGCACACUCUACUCCCUCGCAAAAGACAACCAGGCCCCGCGCUUCCUACUCAAAUGCACAAAGUCCGGCGUGCCAAUCUACUGCGUCCUCGUCGUAUCCCUAAUCACCUGCGUCACCUUCCUAGCAUCCACAAACUCCACCGUCACCGUGUUCAACUGGUUCAUCGACCUAACCACCUCCGGCCUCAUCGUAACAUACACCUGCAUGGUCGCCGUCUUCCUCUUCUGGUACCGCGCCCUCCGCGCCCAGGGCAUCGACCGAAUGACGUACCUCCACUGGACCGCGCCGCUAAUGCCCUACUGGGCAAUCCUGGCCUUCGUCAUCGGAUGCGCGGUGACGAUCUUCAACGGCUUCACUGUGUUCUCGCCCUGGAGCACGCAGGGUUUCAUCACGAGCUACUUCGCCAUUGGGUUCUUCAUCGUCAUGUUUGCGUUCUGGAAGGUCUGGCAUCGCACGAGUUUUGUCAAGCCCGCAGAGGCGGAUAUUGUUUCUGGCAAGGCGGAAGUUGACGCUGAGUGUAGGGUUUGGGAGGAUGGGGGUGUUGAGGAGCGGAGGAGGGCGGAGUUGGCUCAGAUGCAUUGGGCUAGGAGGUGGUGGGAGAAGAUGUGGUGA